CAAAACACAAACACAACAGUUAAUUGGUUUUCAGCAGCUUUAUUUGUUUAAUUUCUGCUUUAAAAAAAAGAAUUGUGUGUUUAUUCUUUUGGCUGAUUGCUGUCACUUACAGGUCGAGGCUGCUCUCUCUGCAGGAGCAGCACCACCUGACACGCUGGGGGGCGUGUCAAACCGUGCGUGCGCCCCCUUUGCUGUGUCACCUUCACUGAUACCUGUCCUACUUAACACCUUUGGAUGAUGACAACGGAAUGAACGAUCGGUGCAUCUUCAGGUAAAUGUAAAACGGUGCAAACAACGCAGUAGAUGAGAUUUUAAAAGCGCUGUACUGUGAUUCUGCGCGUUUACAAUGAGCGCAGACGCGGAGAGAUUAUGAGGAUUUAUGUUGACGUUGAGGGAUUAUUGGUCCCGGGGAAGCGUAACAGGGCCAGAGUGACAUACGCAAUGUUUUGGUAUUGAUGUCGAAGCCGUAGCCCGAAGGAACCCUUUAAAGCAUCCUGUAGGAAAAGGUGAGGAAGUAUUUGCAGUUGCGGGUCGAUGCCAUAGAAGUAGACCACCAUCACGCUGAAGUUGCUCUCGGUUACGCGCGUUUUGCAGGAACUCCAGAAACAGACGCGCAGGCCGUUAUGCAGACCCGUCAGGAGGUUUUGGAGGUUUCAUAAUAUGCCGCUUAAUUGAGCUAAGAUUUAAUGUAAAUAUACGCUUGCAACUGAUGUUUCACGCUCUAACAGCUCUUGAGCGAUAGUGUCAUAUAGGGGAGAGUGGGGUGAGAUGAACCAUUUUUCAUAUUUGGAUCACUACAUCAAGGCGAUCAUAGUUUUGUCUCUAAUUAGUGUAUCUGCAUAUAUUUCAAGAUGUUGUGCAUCCCUGCAAACCAACAGAAUGAGUGUAAACAUAACUGCCUUGAUAAUAUAGCAGGCCAAAAAAAGUGGUCUCCUAUGGUCAACUUACCCCGAGUAUGGGGUAAGUUGAGCCAUAUUCCUACUACCCCCUCACUCUCCACCCCAGCCCUCCCUCACCUUCUCUCUCCCUAAAUAACAGUCACUUCUUCACAUUCAUGUGUAUUUUUUAUCGACUAUACCCUAUUUCUGUUUAUUUAUAAAAUGGGAACAGUACAUUUUGAUGAACAUUUACAUGUAAAUAUCUGGGAUUAUAGCCAGAUGGCUAAUUUCCAUUGAUGUUAAACAUUAAAGCAAUAAUGUUAAAAGUACAAAUAACAUGACUAAGAGAGUAGAACAAUGCACUGACAACAUACACAUAAUAUACAUAAACAAUGUACACAGACCAAAAACUAAGUGACUAACAGUAAGGGGACCAAAAAGAUUAAAGGAGUAUUGUAAAGUGCUCAAGUGCUAAGUAGAGUGUCAUGUGCUAAAGGUGUUUAAAGUGCCAUUUGCUACAGUACAGCUUGUUAUUCAACUGGUACAAUAAUUAUUUUUUAGCAUUAUUAUUGCAUAUAACUGCUAAAAAGCUGUUUUGUAAAAAGGCAUUUUAACAUGAGAAUGUCUUUAAGAGAUUCAGAACAUUCACAGCUGUAAGAAAAAGUAACACAUUUCAACAAUCUGAACUGAAACUCUGAUCCUCUCAUCAGACUUCUUUACUUUCUCAGUUGAACCACUGGCUCAACUUACCCCUGAACUACUAUGACUUUAUUAGUUCUUUAAGCUAAAAUGGUGGACUUUAAUGCUAGACCUCAUAUUGUAGCUCAUAGAUACCAAAAUUGAUGUAUAAAACAAAUUUAAAAUGAUCUUUUUUGGUCUGAACACAAUUCUAAUAAAACUCAUGACAGACUAAAUUCACUUUCAAGAGUGAAAAAUAUUUUUGUUUUGGAAAUAAAUGUCUAACCCCUUCACCCAUGUACUUCUAACCUUCACAGACUCCAUGAAUUGAUGCCCAUCUCCAGUCUCCCCUAAGUGCGAUAGUGCUUUGCGCAUGAACUAAAUUAGCUGUUGUUUUGGAUGGAUCUGCUUAAAAAAAUGAACAUCAAAUUCAUUCAUGCACACUUCCUAUUGUUUUUUUAGUACAACUUCCAAAAAUCUGGCGUCAGUGUUUUCAUCUCUCCCUUAACUCUAACCUUCUCUCGAUUCCGGUCCUCCUACAGCCAUGAGUCAGUUUCGGGCAUUAGCUGGUAUCCUGAGGAGGAGUGGGCGUGCCGGGGGCAAUCAGUGGCUGCAAGGAGGUGCGGGCAGCUCUGCUAGGAGGAACUGGGCUGACCUGAGGAGAGGCUGUUCCUCAGGGGCGGCUCCUGAUGUCUCAGCGGUGGCCAACAGCUCCAAUUAUGUGGAGGAGAUGUACUAUGCCUGGCUGGAGGAUCAUCAUAAUGUGCACGAGGUAACACAUAUGGUGGUUCCUAGAAUUAACAGAUUGUCGUCAAAUAAAAAGGUGAUGCAAUACAAAAGUGAAUAUGCCUAACCCUAACCCAAAAUGUUUUAUUCUGUUGAAGUCAUCUAAUUUAAAGUGAGAUCCACAAACUAUAUAAGAAGUACGGUGGCCUAAAACCGCCACUGCUGCAAAUAAGUCACACCAGAAAUUACUGAUGCAAAAAAAAUAUAGAAACCGAAGCCUGCUGCAAAUAAAAAAAGAAACGGUGCAGAUUAAAAAAAAAAAGAAGCCACAAUGGAAGUUAAUGACACCAAAAAAAGUGGCCAUGGGAAAAAAAAGUUACUCGAAAGGAUGCAAAUAAAAAAAGCCACAACAGAAGUGAGCUGUUGGGGACCAAUAAUGAUGAUGCACCAGUGUUUUACAGUCUAGGCACAGAAGAUGACGGCGAGAAGACAAGCAAAGAAGUAAGUGGAAAGGUUAUAGUUUAAUUUCCCUUGGUGUGCUUCUUAAUGUGUCAUUUGGUUUGGCCAUGAAGCACUGGAGUCGAUAUAAAAUUAAACUGAAGGAUACCGGUGUAGUGUUAGCUUCAGUUCAACUUCAUAUCGACUUUGGCGAUAACACCAGUGCAUCAACAUUAUUGGUCCCCGGCAGCUCACUUCCAUUGUGGCUUUUUUCAUUUGCAUCCUUUUAUUUUUUUGGUAAGUUUUUUUUAUUUUUUCAUUUUUGGAUCCCCACUUUUUUUGCGUCGUUACCUUCUGUUGCGGCCUUUUGUUUUUUUGCAUUCUUUUUUAUUUGCAGCAGUGGCGGCUCUCAACCACCGUAAAGAGGACAUAAACAUACAUGAACAGUUUGGUGCUUGUGAGCAGUGUUAUGUUGUUCAAAUCUAGCAAACGGACAACAAUCAGCGUUUCCCACCGAUAGUAUGUAUGCCUUUUUUAUAACCUUGCUGGUGUUUAUAUUUGGUAUUAGACUUAGUAAGAGGAAGAAAAACAUGUUUAUGUUGUCAGUUUUGGCACUGAAAUGAAGCUCAGUUGAUUAACUCAAAUGGAAAUCACUCACCUGGAGCAUAUCUUGUAGCUCCUUUUUCCGGUUAUUUGCCCCAGUGUCCGGUCACCAACUCCGGCGUAGCAGACUGUAAACAACAGGACCAGUUUUGAUCUAUGUUUGUGAUAUACCGUCCUCCAUCUGCUGAAUCUACCUGUCUCUGUAUUGCCAGUCUUGGGACGCGUUCUUCCGGAACAUUCAGGCCUCUAGUCCGUCUGGCGAGGCGUGUGAGAGACGGCCCUCCGCUCUGCUCCAGGGCCGAGUGUUGUCCCACUCACCAGACAUGGCACAGAAAGUGGUGGAGGACCACCUAGCUGUGCACACUCUCAUUAGAGCCUACCAGGUACCCCGCUCUCACCCUUCCCAGCUGUGCGCAGACACACAUGAAGAAAAGCUCACUCACACACACACAUACACCAGAAAUCAGCUUGCAUCAUGUGGAUUUAUGAUAUUUAUAAAUCAAAAGACUGAUCACAUCAUGAGCACCCUCUUAGCUCUUAAUGCAGCACCUCUGCACAGAAUUAAGAUGUCAUCUACCUCCAGUUAUGACAGGCGAACUAUUUGUAUCUCUGAUGUGUGUGUUUGUGUGAAAAAUGCACCAGACAACACCCACUUGACUCACCAAAACAGAUGCAACUGGCACUGAAAGCUGUUUAUACCUCUAACCUGGUAUUAAAAGGAAUAUACAAUUUGUUUGUCACCACAUGAGGUUAUGCAAAUUGCAAGAUUAACUCCAGCCUUCUUACCCCAGCUGCUUUUGAAAAUGGAAAUAUCAAAGAGACUACUUAAACAAAACAGGUGGUAACAUUUCCCCUCAACCUCAAAUUAAUCAGAGGAACUAUCCAAGGGAUUUAUUAAAUUCUGUCUUUUGGCAAGAGUGUCUCAUUCAUUCCCAGCUUGCUGAAAUCCUGGUGGGGAUAAGUUUGUGUUUCUGUGUACACAGACAUUAAUACCCUCCCGUGGGGCUCUUUUUCAGAAAGCUUGACCUCUAAUUGAGUGUUUCCUAAUUCUCAAGCUGUUUUAUUCUUGAUAUAAAGAUAGCAGCCCCUUGCUUGAAUCUCUUUUAUCGUUCAUCUCAUGCUGUUUUUUAAACUUGUCUCUUCUUAUCUCUUCUCUUUUCUGUCUUCACACUUCUGUUUGUCUCUCUGUAGAUUCGGGGUCACCACGUUGCUAAGUUAGACCCUCUGGGAAUCCUGGAGGCUGACCUGGACUCCUUUGUUCCCUCAGAUUUGAUCACGACCAUCGAUAAUUUAGGUGAGCUUCACAGAUUUUACUGUUACUUUUGUCAACCACCACAUCCAAAACACAUAUUAUUCCUUUGAAUAAUAUUCAUAUAAGGUCUUUUUGGUUUUAGUCGAUAUUGGCGCCCCUGUGGACAGAGCAGUCUCUGCUUAUCUUGUCCUCUGCAGACUCGAGUAGUUAAUUUUAACAAAAAAUCUCCUCCUGCUGACCUUUGACAAUCAAUCUUUUCAGUUAUAGUGAACAUUUUAUGUGUAAAUUGUGGAGACAGAGCUGUUCCUUCAGCUGCUUAGCUGUUACCUACCCUCUCACACCUGUUUCAGGCAUUAGAAAUUAACAUAUAAGAAUCUUUCAUCUUAUCACUGGUGGUUUUGCUUGCUUCUGGAUACCAUAUAAAAACAACAUUAUGAAUUUCAGUCUAUUUCAUUACUUUCCAAAACAGUCCUCAUAGGAGCUUUAAAAGAAAUUCAAAUUUAAAGGCAUUUAUCAUUUUUCUCUACCACACUGUAGUUUACCUUGUACCCAUUGUACUAACAAAGGGAUAUGGACUGCAAUAUAAAAACAAAACAAAACUGAAUUGUUGGUAAAAAAUUUUCUUUAAUGAUCAUUACAGAUACACAUCCUUAUGAUCUAAACACAGAUCUGCAGUAAUUAUGCCUUUGUUUGGUUUAUAAAAAUUAGUUUAUGUUAAAUGUAUAGAACUCCAUCUUUGAACUCAGAGCAUAUGGAGUUUCCUCCAGACGGUAUGUGUACAUCCAUACUGAUUAGAUUCCCACCAUAAAAGUCCUUCCCUCUAAUUAAUUACCUCAAGAUACUUGUUGGCUCAAGGAUUUCAGUCGUAAAUAUAUUAUUUUCAUUUGCAUGUUAACCUCAAAAGCUUUGGAAUCCAAUUAGAAUUUAACUCAUUCGUUCUUUGUUGGGUUGGUAGAUGACAUACACGCGCAUCGUAACAUACAUUCAGGUCGCAUACCUCAUCAGACCCCAGAGUAUAAGUGGUAUUUCUGUAUAAAAUGCCACAUCGCUCUCUCUGCCCAGCCUGUAUGCGGGUUGGUCAGGCUAAUGCUGUCAUUAAUCUCAGGCCGAGCUCCUUGUCAUUCUCCAUUUCAUUUAGCGGGCGGAGAGUCAGAGGAUGCUGGACAGCCACAGAAAGGGAUCGAAGUCUACAGUAAUAACCAGUAGAGAGAGAGAGAAAGAGAGAGAGAGAGAGAGAGAGAGAGAGGAAGAAAAAGAGACAUUGCUUCUGUUGGCUGCUGUUAUCAGUGAUCAGUGUGUGCCAGGACAUAGCGUCACAUUAUGUAUUGUCAGCAGGGCUACAGCUUCCUAAUGAAAGCUAAUGACAGCCACAGUGGCCUCUUAUUGGUCAGUUGAGUCUAUUCUUGGCCCCCUUUGUCUUUGCUGAGUUCCUAAUGUGAUUUUCACCUGUCUCCUCUUAUGUGAACUCUCACUCUUGAGUUUGACCAGCUCCCUCAGGUAGACUUUGCCAGCACGAAAACUUGCAGCAUCAGUUUCCAUAGCCCCACCUCAGGUCCGUGUGUCUACGAGUUCUCCUGAAAAAACUGUUCUUUAAUUUCUCAAUCAAAAUUUGAUGUGUUUUUCAUUAAAAAUUGGCAGGGAGCAAUAAUACCCCUUUCAUUAAAAGGGGUUAUUACAAAAACCAAAGUGAUUGAGCAGCUUUUUCAACUAAAUUGUAAUCUUGGUUUGGACUGCGGGGAACAAUUAUUUUCAUGAUCAAUUAAUCUCUUUGUUACACUUUUGUUCAGUAUAUUUCUAUUGACUAAUUAUUCAGUCUAUAAAAUGUCAAAGAGUAAAAAAAAUUUUGAUCACAGUGUGUUUGAGCCCAAGGUGGCGUCUCCCAGCUGCCUGUUUUGACUGACUUUACUGUGCCAAGUCUAAAAGUAUUUGAUUUUUUAUUGUUUAAAAAGCAUAAAAUUAGCUCAAAGCAGAAGUGAAUCAUUUUUGAUAAAUACUUUUACCCUUUUAACAAUUCCCAAAAUCAUUCAUGAAUUUUUAUACACAAAUUAGCGAUGCUAAAAGCUUGGAUAAAGGCAGGUCUUUGUUUUGUGACUUUUAUUGUGCUGAAAAAAGGAUUUACUCUGACUGUUCUUUGUUUAAUUUUCUCUUCAGUUCUGUUAAAUUGCACGAGUAAAGUGCCCCUAUGAAGCCAAUAACACUAAUCACAGGUUGUUUGGAGGGCCUCUCUUAAAAAGUCGAGCACAAACCUUUGUGUCGCUCUGUGUUGUUGCAGGUUCCUACGGGCUUGAUGAGUCAGACUUGGACAGGAGCUUUCAGCUGCCUUCAACCACCUUCAUCGGAGGAGGAAACACCACUCUUCCUCUCAGAGAAAUCAUACACAGACUAAAGGUAUCUGGUCUGUAUACGUGUGACCUUACAUGAGCCUGAGAAUGACGGAUAAAUCCUGAACACCGUACUGUACUGUCCUUUAACUUUGUUUCAGACAUCCUACUGCGGGCACAUAGGGGUGGAGUUUAUGUUCAUCAACAAUGUGGACCAGUGUCAGUGGAUUCGUCAGAAAAUUGAGACUCCAGGGAUCCUGCAGUUCACAAAUUCUGAAAAGAGGACGCUACUUGCCCGCCUGAUCAGAUCCACACGGUUAGCAAUAAUAAAUGAUAAUUAUUAAUUGCUUCGUGCUGCUGCAAUUCAAUUGUUCCUACUAGACAUGCAUUAAUAAUGAUAAAAAAUGUUCAGGUACGAUGUAAAAUAGUUUGAAUCCUCUCACAGCGGUUCAUAGUUUAUUUACUGGCCACGACCCUUUGCUGCAUGUCACCCCCGAAUCUUUGUUCACUGCCCUUCCUGUCUCUCUUCAGCUUUCCUGUCCAAUAAAUGCCAAAAUGCACCAAAAUGUAACUUGAAAAAACCUACCACAAUGGCUAAGCCAUCCUUGAACUUUACAUCCAAGCUGUACUAAACUGAUCAAUUCUUUUCCUUUUUUUUCUGCACCUAGGUUUGAGGACUUCCUGGCCAGAAAGUGGUCCUCAGAGAAGCGUUUUGGUCUGGAGGGCUGUGAAGUGCUCAUCCCUGCCCUAAAAUCCAUCAUAGACAUAUCAAGUGCAGCCGGCAUUGAGAGUGUGAUCAUGGGGAUGCCUCAUAGGUACUCUUUUGACUCUUUGUCACAUCUUUGUUCAACAUAGCGCACAGGUGCUCUUAUAUCUGAUUGUGACUUUGUGUAAUCUUCUUCCAGGGGUCGGCUUAAUGUCUUGGCCAAUGUGAUCCGCAAGGAACUGGAUCAGAUCUUUUGUCAGUUCGACCCUAAGUUAGAGGCUGCUGAUGAGGUGAGUGGUCUGGGAAAAAAAACUGUUUAGAAAAUUGUCAGAAAGAAGCAUUCCUGUGAUAUAUCUGAUGCUAUACUUGAGAAACUUUACUGUAUGUUUAGGGCUCAGGUGAUGUCAAAUACCACCUUGGGAUGUAUCACGAGAGGAUUAACCGUGAGACGGACAAGAACAUCACACUUUCUCUGAUGGCAAAUCCCUCUCACCUCGAAGCAGUGGAUCCAGUGGUUCAGGGCAAGGCCAAGGCUGAGCAGUUCUACAGAGGAGACACUCGGGGAAAGAAGGUAACAGCUACAGUCAGAUGAACACAGUGGAUUGUUUUGUAUUUUAUUGGACGAUAGAUGUUUUUCUCCUUCAUGGUGAAUUUUGAUGUGAUUUUUCCAGGUGAUGUCAAUCUUGAUGCACGGUGACGCUGCUUUUGCUGGACAAGGAGUUGUGUAUGAGACUUUCCACCUUAGUGAGCUCCCCUCCUACACUACCCAUGGUACAAUCCAUGUGGUUGUGAACAACCAGGUAAUUGAGAGACAUUUAAACUGGCGCAUUUACCAUCAAUUUCAAUGCUUAUAUAUCAUAAUUUAACUACUUGGUAAGAGUUUUGGUUGUAUUCUUCUUUCAAUAAUGGAUAAACAAAUUAUCUUGCUUUCAUUGGUAGUUACAUUAUCACUUCUGUGACCAUAGGUAUUGAAAACAUUUUUUGUUGUUUGAAUUUAUUAAUCCAAAACAAAAAAAUGCAAAGAAAAGCUAAGAAUAUGAAUUGUUGUUUCACACUUGUCAAGUAUUUAAUUCUGAGUUACUUAAGAGAUGACUUUUCCAUCUGCUAGAUAGGUUCUUGAACGACCAGUUCUGGCAGUCCAUAAGUUAAAGUGUCCUUCAGAAAGAAUCUGAACCUCUCUUGCUCGUGUGUGAACACCAUUAGAUCAGUUUCUAAUUUUCCAGGACUGAUAUGGAUGAUAACUAAUGUUUUAAACCACUAUGUGCUGACAGUAAGUGUGAAAAACCGGUUGAAAUUAAAAAUUUUAAACAUUUCAAACUCUAACACAAAACUUUAAGUGUGUUUAACAAAUAUUGAAUUGAAACUUAUACAUUCAGCGUCAUAUACAGGAGUAAACAGCUAACCAGUUUUACUUACAGAACAUGGUCACACAGGCACCAAUCAGACGUUAUUGUGGGUGGGACAUUAGCCGAGACAAAGUGGUGCUGUAAAAUAGAGCCAGAUGAAAAGAAAUACCAGCUGUGCUAGCCAAAGUAACACAUUAUUUAAGAAUUCAGCAGGCUGAUUAAUCAGGUUGAUCAAUGUCAUUUUUUAGUAAAGGGCCUCAUAUCUUUUGGCCAUAAUGAGGCUGAUAUCACCAUUAUGUUUUUCUAUAUUCAUUAAAAACCUAUUUUCAACAUAUUACUGGCUAAGUUAACUAUGAAUAUCAGAUUUUAAUCUGCACAAAAUAAUGAUUAGUACAUAACUUUUCAUAAUGUUCAUAUUUACCUUAUAUUUUUAUUUCUUUUUUAACAGCUUUUAAACAUCCGAAAUCUCUUUGUGAAAAUAUUUUACUGAGCAAAUAUUUUUUACUAUCUGAAAUUACUUAAUAACAUUUUCACUUAUGUGCAGGAACUUAUUUCUCAUUUGUCAGUAUUAUUGGAUUAAUGUAUUUUGUAAAAAAGGAAAAAAAAAAAGAUACAAAAAACAAAACAAAAAAAACGUGAUGUCGGUUUUAUAUAUCGGCUAUCAGUCGGCUUGCUUUGUCAUUAUUAGUAUCGGCAUAGGCUGUUAAAAAACUGUCAACUACUACCCCACAAUGUGGCCCUUGGCUCUAGGUUUUAAUGCAUUGCUGUUCCCUCUCAGAUUGGCUUCACUACAGACCCUCGAGUGGCCCGCUCCUCUCCCUACCCCACUGAUGUGGCUCGGGUUGUUAAUGCACCCAUCUUCCAUGUGAAUGCUGAUGACCCAGAGGCUGUCAUGUACGUGUGCAGAGUGGCUGCAGAGUGGAGGUCCACAUUCAACAAGGAUGUGGUCAUUGACCUGGUUAGUUCCUUUCUGGUCUCAAUGGCUUCAAACACAGUCAAAAGCACAAACUUCCACAUGCUCUCUCUCAUUGUGCGUGUUUCCAGGUUUGUUACAGACGAUUUGGCCACAAUGAGAUGGACGAGCCGAUGUUCACCCAGCCGCUGAUGUACAAACAGAUCCGCCGGCAGGAGCACGUGCUGAAAAAGUACUCUGAUAAGCUCAUUACUGAAGGAGUGGUGACACUGCAAGAAUUUGAGGUUUGUGAUCUAGUGCUGUUUGCUCUUGUUAGACGUACUGUAUAUUGGAAGCUGCUGCUGUAUGCUGGUUUGUUUGGUACCACAGUUUGCUGGACUGCAUGCAUUAAAUCACACUUAGAUACUACCCCUAGCCUUCCAGUAAAAAUGUUGUGCUAGCUCUGCUGUACUUGUGUUUCAAUUUACUGCUGCAGUUUAGUCACAGCCUCACGAUCCCUCACAUAGACCAUAUAUUACUAGGUGACGCUGAAGUGCAGCUCAGAUUCUGCAGCCAUUCAAUGGAAUUGCCGAGGUUCUUCACCCUAAACAUAAACUCUGAUUGUAACAUCCAUUCUGGGGUUUUUUUAUAGCACAUGUCAGAAAAAUAUUGCUAGAGUGCUGCUUCCUGGCUUUUGACAGACAUUAUUUUCUGUUUUGUGGCCUGCUAUUUGGUCCCCUGUAAAAGCACCAUUUGUUAUAAAGCUGGGGGAACCGUUACUGCUGCUGGAGACUUUUCUUCUAUGCAGUCCCCCCUCUCUGUCUUUGUGUCUCUCUUUAGGAGCUCCACAGUGAGUAAAUAAACUGUACAUCUAAUAUGUAACACUUUUCAUGGUCUCUUUUAAUUAAAUUUUGUUGCAGGAAGAAGUCGCCAAGUAUGACAAAAUAUGCGAGGAGGCGUACACCAGCUCUAAGGAUGAAAAGAUUUUACACAUUCGACACUGGCUCGACUCCCCCUGGCCUGGUAAAAUUUCCUUUUCAAAUCCACUAAUUCAAAUAGAUUUUUUUUUUCCUUUGAUUUCCUGCUUUUUAUUUUUUGUUUACUUUGUGUUCAUGCGUGGUGAUGCUGCCUCUCCCUGCAGAUUUCUUCACAGCAGAGGGAGAGCCCAAGAGCAUGGCCUGUGUCCCCACAGGACUGGAUGAAGAGGUUUUGCAGCACAUUGGACAGACAGCCAGCUCUGUGCCCCUGGAAGACUUUAAGAUUCACCCUGGUGAGUUCAGUGACUCUGUGCUUGGAUAUGGAACAAAAAGACAAAUAAACACUAAUGACUGCACUGUAUAUAGUAGUAACACUGACAUUCUAUGCUUGAAAUUGUAACAGAAUGCAGUAAAUACACUAGUCUCAAGUGUAUGCACUUUUUUGCUUGCUUAGGAACAUAUAAGGUCAAGCAGUCAACUCAAUCAGCGACUAAAUCAGUCGUUAGGAUUUUUUAGGUUAUUUUAAGUGCAACAUUUCAGCCCAUUAUGUUUUGAACGCCCGUCUCCAGAACGUAUCUUUGAGAUCACUCUGUUUCUUCCCUAAGUGUCUCCGUAUGUGUGCAUGCUCUACAGGUGUGUCUCGUAUCCUGCGCGGCCGAGCUGACCUGGUGAAGAAUCGGCAGAUGGACUGGGCCCUGGGAGAGUACAUGGCCUUUGGUUCCCUUCUCAAAGACGGCAUCCAUGUACGACUCAGCGGGCAGGAUGUGGAGCGAGGAACCUUUAGGUGAUUGUUUGCAUCACACUCUCACACUUGGGAGAGAUCUUACUGUCACGACUGUCUUGAACUGGUAAAAACACAGCUCUCUUAAUCAAAGGAUUCCCAGGUUUGAUUGCCAACACCAAACACAAAAACACAAUGUUAAGGCUCAAGUAAGGCAAAGUUAACUACGGCAAUGGGUAAAUUUGAGAUGCCAGAGCAGGACAUAGUGAAUGUCAAACAUCCUAGAAAGAAAAAACAGUAAAAUAGUCAAAUAAAGGUACAGUGUGCAGUUUUUAGUAGCACUUUCGAAGCAGACUUGGUAGAAAUGGAAUAUAAUAGUCACAAGUGUGUUUACAUUUGUGUAUAAUCCCCUUUAUUUAUAAUCAAAUAUGUAUUUGAAAAUACAGUGUCAUACAUUUAUGGUAUCUAUCAUGAAAAUCUGGAAUGAGUGAUUAGUAGCUCCAUCAGUGUCUCCCAUUAGUACAUUUUUUUAUUUUGAUAACAACUUAAAUGUAAAACAUUAUUAUGGAAUCAAAUGGUCAGCCUGCAUGUCCGGAGCUAAAGGCUAAGUUACUAAUAAACAGUCACCUAAAGACAGUAAAUUAAGUAAUUGGGGGGUUGGGGGGAGGGUGGCACAGGGAGCCUGACAGACACAAGACGUCAGCACAGUCUCCUGGGACCUGCGAAACCCACAUGGUGUUGUCAUGGUAUGGAGGGAACGAGUGACACAUGAACAAAAACCAGCUCCCCCUUUCACUGCGCCUGUCUCAUCUGUCCUCUAUCAUUUCUCCACCAGCCCAUCUCCACUGACGCCACCACCCCCCACCCCGUCCUCCACCCCCUCUCAGUUCUCAACAACAUACAUCACACUAACUAACCAGAGGCUACAGGGCUUUUUCUUUUGCCUCAUAUUUACCACUGACAAAUAUGUCUGCACAUCUGCUGUCCCCUUCACUUUUCCCGGCUGAAACAAAUAACAGCGAGCAUGCACACUUCUUCUCUGUAUCACCUGUUGUUUAUUUAGACCCAUCCCGGCAGGUGGGAGUCCAUAUUUAUAAUUAAUGUCGGUUUUAGCUCGCUGUACUCCGGCUACAGUUUACCCUCUUCACUGAGAUCUGUUAAAGCUUUUUUUCUUCCUCACUCUGACACUUUUUCAUCCCCCCACUCUUGUCUCCCUCCAUAGUUCUUAGGAGCUGAGCAUAUUGGCAUGUUACAGUUGAAUGAGCCUGCUUGCAUUUCUGUGAUGUACGAAACAGCGUCGACUAAUGGAUUCAGUCGUUGUGUUCGGGUUGGGUUGCAUGCGCUGCGUCGUGCACCCCUUUCCCUGACUAAUGGGGCCCCCAGGCAGAGGAAAGUGUGUGUGGAAAAAACAAAAACAAAGAAAGGAGCAGUGGGCAUACAGUUUAUGAGGCGAUCCCUGAGAAAGAUCUCAUUCUGGUGCUUUUUUAGGUACGAAAAUAAACCCUGGAAUUAUAUUCUUUAUCUCAAUUAACACUGGAUGCUCUUCAUUCUUUUUUAACUUUUAUUAAAGGAUUUCUUCAAAGAUUAAACAUAUAUCACAUGGAUGUAUAGCACGGUUCAGACAAAACAAUAACGCAGUACAUAAUGUGCCCUCAUCAGUCUGUAAUUAUGGCUAAUAUCAUUCAAACGGCUCAAAUCAGGAGCAUCUACUCAUUGAGGAAAUAUGUCACAUGCAGGAUAAUAAUCAAUAUAUUUUGGUUAUUUCCUGCAGCUCUUCCUCUGACCAUUACAUAACCUCUAGCCCUCGAUGUGUCUGUGAGGAUAUGAGCGUGUAGAUGUCAUUGAAGUGAUGUUAAAGGGAUUUAAGUGAUUGUCUGAUCAUGCUGGUUUUGAGGGCUGAUUCCUACACCGGGAGUGAAGGGACUGGCAGAGCUUGUUAUCGCUCGGCUCUUUGCGCCAGUCGACUCUCGUUUGGUCUCACACCGACUGAGGGUGAGGAGAGAGGAGGGUAGUCUUCAUGGAGUGACUUAAUGGGCCAGAUGAGCGGCUGACUGCAUGUAAAUAUUCUGCACUGCUGGUUUACAAACCUCAGAUGAAUCCUGAGUUUACCUCUGUCAUUUAAGAUAACUUAGCUUUAAUUUCUUAAAAGAUCUGCAAACUCAUAAACCCAUUUUGGUCUCAUUAGAGCCACAGUCUGUAUUAUGAAAAAAGUGGGUGUGGUCACCAUGACAUCAUCUGUUGAUUUGUGAAUCCCCCCCUCCAUAUUGACGUCACAAGUUUUGCUUGGCUAUCAGUAUUGUUAUUGUCAACCAGAAGUGACCAAAUUAGGACAGGAUACAUAUAUUUGUUAUCUAUUUCAAUUGACAAGUCACCACAGUAGUCACUUACCAAUCCCAGGUCUUCAUGACUUGGAGCCUGAUGGUCCAUUUUUGCUUAGAAUCUGUCCAUUAUAUAUAUAAAACUUGAAAAAGAAAAAAACAUUCAAAAACAGACUUAAACUUGAAAUCAAGAGUAUGUACUCAUUAAACUGUAUUUUAUAUCCACAAAAAAUGGGAAAAUUUCCCCUGCUAGUUUUAACAAUCAGGUCUAAUAAUGCAAUCGAUUUAUUCUUCUCAUGCUAGGAGUGGGAGAAAAAAUCGAUUCACCUAAGUAUAGUGAUUUUUUGUUUUACAUUUUAAAUCAAAUUUUAUGGUCCAAAAUUGUUGGGUUUUUUUUCAAAUUUAAGAAUAGAGGUCCUUACCGGGGACACACGGGGUCGACGCAAAUAUGGAAUGCGAAAUAACGAAAUAUUCAGAGGCGAAUUUUGACGCACCUGACUCUACACAUCAAGCCCGAUGCGAUUUGCGACUUUCCAGGGGGGAAAAGACGCAUCCCGGGGAAGACUUUUUCCAGGGAAAGUCCCGCCUCCUUCGCCUCUGAUUGGCUAAAAAAGCUGGAAACGUCAUCACACGCUCAAGCCAAACGGUCAGCACUUAUAGCCAUUCAGAGGCGAAGGAGAAUGGGCCAUAGUGUUGAGAUGGCUUUCUGUCAUGAUAGCAUUUACUGAGUCGGGGGCCAGUACCAGAUAAGCACAUUAAACUAUGGCACGAAAAAAAUGGUCCCGGUGUGAGAGGACCUUAAAAAUCGAGAAAAUUGACAAUAUCAUAGAAUCGCAAUUUAAAUCGAAUCGGCAUCCAAAAAAAUCAUAGAAGAAUUGAAUCGGGAGAAAAGCAUAUCGUCCCAGCCUUACCUCAUGCUGGUAAAGAUGGCAGCUUUCAGGCACAUCUGCUUUGAAACCUACAGCUUCUUCAACCAUGUGUUCACAUUCAGUGGUAUAAAUGCAGCCCAUCGACAUGACUGGAGUGUUGUUUGUACAUCCCUGAUUUAGUCUACUUUGUCUCCAUCUCUCUCUUGUUUUGCAGUCACCGUCAUCAUGUUCUACACGACCAAGAGGUGGACAAACGUACCUGUGUUCCCAUGAGCCAUCUAUGGCCAGACCAGGCUCCUUAUACCGUCUGCAACAGCUCCUUAUCAGAGUAUGGAGUGCUAGGUGAGUUUUCAGCGGCGCAAAGUGCAAAUAGUCAGUGAUGAGUUACAGCAUGUAAUAACGGCUUUGAUUUCAGGUUUUGAGCUGGGCUUCGCGAUGGCCAGUCCCAACGCUCUGAUCCUUUGGGAGGCCCAGUUUGGAGAUUUCCACAACACAGCUCAGUGUAUCAUUGACCAAUUCAUCAGCCCAGGCCAGGCAAAGUGGGUCCGCAAUAAUGGUAUAGUCCUACUGCUGCCACAUGGGAUGGAGGGAAUGGUGAGAAGUGAUGGUGUCUAUUCUUAUAUCAGAAUACUCCAUGGAGAUUUAAACAAGAUAUGUCCUGGGUUUUGUAAUUAUAUUUCCUUAUAUCUAUCUUCUCUGUUCCCAGGGCCCAGAACAUUCAUCAGCUCGACCUGAACGCUUCCUGCAAAUGAGCAAAGAUGACCCUGAUCACUUCCCUGUAAGUUCACAUCCACAAUUUACAUUAUGGUUAAAAUGGGAACCAAUUUGAGGAUCAUCAUUACCUGAGGAUAUGUGUCAAAGAAAGUGCACUGCGAUAAAGGUCCAACGGCUUUCUCCUUUAUUGGAUAUGCUGAUGUCAUGACCACUUAAGUGAUGGCUUGAGCGGUGAUUGCCAAUUCCUCUAAAGCUUAAAAGUCUCUUCAUUAUGGCAUCCGAAGCGUCGGUAUUCAGCAGUAACGCAGGUCCCAGGGGUGAGGUGGUAGCGGAGAACAUUCAAGGAGGGAGCCACAGCUGGCUGUAUCAGCAAAAGCUUCCCAAAUUCAUCUUCAAAUGGGAUAUUGAUCAAACUAUUAGUGGAAGCAUAGUAAGGGAUUAUCAUUGUGUUCUGUGUAUGUGUGUGUGAGUGUGAGAGAGAUACAGUGUGGUGUGAUACACUCAUGCGCUACAUCUCCGGCUCAAUCAUAAGAAAAAGCUUUCCUGCACCGAAUGCUGUACCUAUACUUUGUCUGCACAGAGUUAAAGUUUUGUUUGAAAAGUCAAUAACCUAUUAGAUUUCUUUGUAAUUAAUUUUGUGUUCAGGAGUUCAGCGGAGAUUUUGAAGUCCAGCAGCUGUACGACUGUAACUGGAUCGUGGUUAACUGCUCCACGCCUGCUAACUACUGUCAUGUGCUCAGACGUCAGAUUCUACUGCCAUUCAGGAAGCCGGUUAAGUGUUGCAUCUUUUCUUCUUUAUGUUUUUCAAAUCUGUCUUGUUCCUUUCACUGAGGUAAAAAAAUAACAUUAAAGAUCAGCUAUUAGUUAUUGCAAAGUAAAGGUCAUUCAAUCAAAGUUUGUGGUAUAUAGAAGACAUAACCCUAAUUAUAUCAUGUUCUGAGUAGGAAAGCUCCAAAGCUGUUAAAAUAUUGCUGCCGUAUUGUAAGUUAUAAGUUUUAUGAUGAUGGAAAUCUAGUCAAAAUUAUCAUUUUGACUCCUUGGUUUUUGGAACCAGCCUCAAGUGGACAAUCAAGGAACUGCAGUGUUUUGUGUUUCAGGAGUGGUAUUUGUUUUUGACAAGUCCAGAAUUUUACCACCACUCUCUUUAUAGCUGAUCAAUAGAGAAUCAAUGGAGUGAUAAUGGUUUAUUGAACAACUUAAAUUUAUGCAGUUUACAGUGAGAAAUACAGAACUACAACAUUAUGACAGCAAUUAAGCUUUAUAUAAUAAGAGUGAUGUGGAUAAUGACCAUCAUGUCAAUUUGAGAGGUUGUCGUUUCUUAUAUUCCUCAUAUCAACCUUCUACUUUGCUCUGUAUUAGUCACUGUAUUAUUAUAAGUGCCCGUAUCACAUAAAUGUAUGUUCUUAGGUGGCACUAUGAACACCUGAAGUAUAACUAGUAAACUUUUAAAGUCUUCAGGUGUAAAGCAUUGUUUCUUUUUUUGUAUAUGCACAGCCCUUUUUUCAGCCUCUCAUAGUUUUCAGCCACAGCAAAUGUCUUAACUGAUCCCCUGUCGCACAUAAAUGCAAUGCUUCAUGAAGCAUGAGAAAAUUACUUCCUGAGCAAAUUAGCGAGGGGGCCAAUGGGGGAUAAUAUUGUUUGUUUUUUUGUGAAAAACUCUCAAAGUCUGGACCUGGUCGGCUGAGCACGAAGGGUUUUUAUUUAUUUGAUUGUUGAAGUAAUGUUUUGUUUUCCCAAUGCUGAUGUUGCGUGCUAUAUGGAGGCAACAAAUUAGCGUGAAAAGAUAUAAAAACUUUUAUCUCUAGAGUUUUUCAAAGUGCAUAGUGACGAUACGGAUGAUAGAGUCAGUCUGUUGUUUGUCACUUAAUAAAACUUUUCCCUUUUUUUUUCACAGCUGAUCAUUUUCACUCCCAAGUCCCUGCUGAGGCACCCCGAUGCAAGGUCUAGUUUUGAUGACCUCGCCACAGGUGGAAUCAUAUUUAUCGCUGUAAAAUGUGCCGUAAUGUCAUGUUGGACUACAGUAACACAUAACAUUCAAUACCUGCAGGCACUAAAUUCAAGAGGCUGAUUCCAGAUCAGGGUCCUGCAAGUCAGAGCCCAGCUGAAGUGAAGAGGGUGAUUUUCUGCACUGGGAAAGUUUACUAUGAACUGGCUAAAGAGAGGAAACUGCAAAAGCUGGAGAGUGACAUCGCCAUCAUAAGACUAGAACAGGUGUGUAAUGCCUCUAUUCAGUUGGAGCAUACUUAAUUGUUUGAUUUUGGAGCAACAUUAAACAGUUUUGUCUCUUUGAUUUCCCCUCAGAUCUCUCCAUUCCCGUUUGACCUGGUCAGAGCGGAGGCAGAGAAAUAUGCCAACGCUGAGCUGGUCUGGUGUCAGGAGGAGCACAAGAACAUGGGCUACUAUGACUAUGUCCGGCCACGUUUUCUCACAGUGGUGGCCAACAAGAGACCUAUUUGGUACAAGGUUUCUCUUUACUGUCACCUAUUCUCUCUGAAAAAGGUAAACUUUAACAUCAUUUUUUAAAUCUUGUCACUCCUUUUUCUUCAGUUAUGUUGGGCGGGACCCUGCAGCUGCUCCUGCAACAGGGAACAAGUCCACCCACUUGAACGAACUGAAGAGGUUCAUGGACACAGCUUUCAACCUGAGCGCUUUCAAGGGGAAGGACUUGUAAAUGAGAACUGGAACAAGAACCAAGAUAGAGGUGCAACUUCAUUUUCAACCACGGUGGUGUUUUUGUCGAGUCUUGGGUUGGGAAAUUUUCACAUUUCAAAACUUUAACCUUUUUGACAGUUAUUACGUUAACCUUGUUGCGAUAGUAUUUUUUUCUUCUUUUAAUGUUAUAAGAUAGAAAAGUCAACGUUUGCCUUGACUGGGCUGCAGACUUUCAUAAAUGUAUCACAUGAAUCUAUCUUUGUUCUGCCUUUACCUCAUGUCAAAUGUUAUUAUCCGUGUUUGUAGCCUUUCACUACCUGAUUUAUCUAUAAAACAAAAGGGGUCCUUAUGCACAGCAAAAGUAAAAGAAUGCAAAAACACGGACACACUGGGACACCCUUGGCCUAGUGGUCAAUAAACAUCACUUAAAAAAGAGACAGUAUAGUCCAACUGUCUUUUCAAUCCCUGAAAUGCAGAAUCACUUGUCAACAACGGUGACGUACAACAAUCAUACUUGAAUUUCACCUCAAUUGAGUCAUGAUCUUUUCUAAUUUAAUCAUCUCGACUCAGAACAGGGUCUUUAAGAUUGCUCUUCAAAAUAUUUUUCUACACCUACCUUUAAUGAUCUAAAAACAACUGUGCACAGAUUUUAAACUACUCCUACAACAGUUUUUUCAAAACUGGAAAAUGACACGCACAAACUUUUAAUGUGUUUUUAAUCACAAGUAUUUUUGUCUAGUUCAUGGGUGCAGAAACCACAGUACACUCUUUCGUACCACUUUGUGACAGUAGUUUUAGUACUGCUCAAUAACUCUUUUGCUGUCCUGCUAAAUGACAAUGCAAAUGAAUCGCAGUGAUUUGUAUUCAUAUUUUUAGUAGCUACAAGACGCACACAGGACACCCACUGGUGUACUUGAACAAUGAAUGUGAAACACAUAUCACAGGUCUGAAGACUGUUCAAAGAUUUAACACCUCAGUAGGUUUAGUGCCUGUUUUUGCUUUGGCUACCUUAGCUGUUAGAGAUGGAGACUGUAUUUAUUGUCACACCUCACUUCUCCAGGAGACAUGAGCCAGCUGGCACAGGGACGUGCAAGCCAUGUUUUUUACUUAGGACAUAAGGCUCAGCUUCCACUUCGGAGGCUGAGGGAUGCACACACGUAAACACAGAAAAGCCUUGGAUGUUUUCAGAGAAAUAUUGAUGCCUGGUUGUCAUGUUGAAAUCUCCAGCUGUUUAACAGAAGUGAUAUUAGUUACCUCUGUGUUUAGAAAUGCUGCUCAAAAUUACACAUCCUAUUUCACUUUGUUGUCACUUUCCUUUUCUCUCCAAGCUAAGAGACUUAACCAUGAGCCAAGUACAAAGGUGUUUUGCACAUAUAGUCAUCUAAAUACACUUAAGGA